ACUGUGCAUGAUGGAGAGGAUGGAGGAGGCUGCUGCGAAAGAAAUCACCGAUGAAGUCGACGAUUUAAUACGAAUUGUCGAAGAUCUGAAGAUCAGAUCCGUCGUGCCGAGUUUGCUGGAGUCGUCCUUCUCUAAACUGCUGGAACUGAAAAGCCGGCUGAGACGGGAAGAAGUAUCGAGGGAGACCGCAAACAAAGAAGUUCUACAGGACUUGGCAAAGAUUGUUCUGGAUGUCACAUACUGCCGAGAAAACAGACUUGCUGACAACGAUUUUUCAGACAGUGAUUCUCUAGAACGAGUCCAUGCCAUAAUCCGUAGCCUGGAACAUGUUGAAAACAUCACUAAGCACAUGGGCUUCAGCACGGUGGUAGAAGGCCUCGGUGAGGAGCUUGCAGAGUGUAUAGAAUGGCGGAAGGGGGGACUAGUCUACAUGUUCUGCCAGAGCAAGGAGGGGGACGACGACCACAGUUGGCUAACAGCCAACCAAGAAACUUUUUUUGCUCUGCUGCAGCAAGGUGUGCACCACCUCACGGCAAUGCUCAAUGUUCGUCGCCCACUGAGCGCCGAGGAUGUCACAGUGCUGUCUGGCCAGACGGACGUGCUGGAACUCCUGGAGAAAGGCAUCUACAGUGACGUACAUGCGCUGUCGCUGAUGUAUGCCGGCGAGAUGUGCUACUGGCUGGUGACGUACUCGAAGCGCUGGGACCGGCCGCUGGAGAUGGCACACGCAUUGCCGCUUGGCAAGCGGCUGCUGCAGGACUACAUCAGUGCUGUCGAGGGUCCCCUGCAGGGCGCAGGCUGGAACUGCACCCGUGCCCGGCAGCUUUUGGCGCAACUGGGCGAGCUGGAGCAGUGCUGAAGUGCAGCUGGUGCCUGGCGAAGCCGACACAGUCAGACCAAAGACAAAGCCCGGACGGGGAGUGAGAUUGACGGACAUUCUUGUCGGGCGGAAGGAGCGUCAUCAAGUUAACCUUUUCUGUAUAGUUCCCGAACUUCUUGCGAACUUUCGCACUGUCAUCAGCGGGACCACGAUGGAGAAAGUGUUCCAAUAGCUGGGAACAUUUGCUGCUUUGGGCACUAGCUAGCAGGCCUGUUUCGGUAGUACUAUCUAGCUAGCUAGCAAUGCUCCAGUGUUUUGUGUGAGCUAACCAUCAAAAGGCAGCCGACUGCAAUAGUUUAACCAUGACUGUCGACCCCUUCAGACAGUUUAGUUGGAUCCUUAUUCUCUGCAUUAGCCAUGUUCACUCAUGCUCUGUUGUUUUGUGUGUUAGAUAGACUGGUUUCAUGCCUUUUCAAGCGUGCCCUGUUAUUUGUGCAUAUGAUGAACCUGUCAUGGGAAUGUCCCUUUGCUUUGAUGCAUCCGAAUCACCACCAUGGGCCAUGUUCGGAUUGAUUGCUUUUGGGGGAUAUCACUUGGAGCGCACGUUGGUUGGCUAGCCAACUGCACUAGACGUACCAUGCGAAUGUGAAAGUACUCUCAAAAGUGAACAUUCAUGAACAUGGCACAGGAUUUUAUACAUAUUCAUAUGUACCGACUUAAAAAGCUGGGCAUUUACUGUCAACACAAAUUGAAACAUGACAAGAAAGAACUUAUCUGAAUGCCAGCUGCGUGCAGCUACGAAGUGCGAUGUGGAAUCGCUCUUUAGCAUGGUGUAGUUUCGAACACGUGUUUUGAACGAGUUGCUGUUCUGCAUUCAGGCAUUCAGACACAUGCUGAUAGUACAGGCAGAAACCAGCCAAGUGAAGAAUUAAUUGUUUCUUUGGUGGUGUCCUAGCUUCCGAAUUCCCACCGGAGUCUGCUUACACUACAGUCGACGCUCGUUACAACGGACUGUAAUAAUCCAGCGAGAAAGGUCUGUUAUAUCCGAGGUCAUUUCAAUCCAAAAUUACAGCUGUGGCAUGUUGAAAUGGUGAAACUUUGCAUAUACCACUGUCUGAACCAAAUACGAUCACAAGGACACUGGAAACAUCCAAGUUAAGCAGGUUUCCGCGGUAAAGGUACAACCACUUGCCAAGGCACCUUGCUGUCCACCAUUUUUCGGCCUCUGGUUGCCGAAAUACGGCAAUUUUGCUCACACUAGAGCAUACUCGGACACCUGCACAACGGAAAGACUAACGGCCGCCACAAUGCUGCAAAGCUGGCCAGCCAGCCUCGCACCGUGCCACCGCCAGGCCUGAGCACGUCACUGCCGCCGCCGACACUGACAUCGGCAGCGGUUUGUUUUUCACGCAAAACCCCCAGCUGUCGUUACAAUAAGCUCAUGUCUUAGUUUUAUCCUUUGCGACAAGCGACGACCACUGUCAAGCAGGUAUCGAGAACUAGAGCUGCAGUACGAGCCAAGUGGCCGAAAUUGCCACUGCACGCUAUGCGAGAUGGCUCAAUCGCACCACGCGGAGUAUCUCUUUUUUGUUUCUUUAAUCUUUUGUGCAAACUGAUGCGAUGAGAAUGCGUUCUCAGUGCAUUUUGCGAUCGUCGGCGGUUGUUCUUUAAGUGCUGUAUGCUAUGGUUUCACAUAGUGGAUUAGGCCUGGCAGCACUUUUGGCUCUUUGGCGGUGUUGAUCCGCUUGCGUGGGCAACCCGAAAGACUCUUCCUUAGCCGAUGGAGUGUCGUGCGGAGCACCCUGUUGCGGGAAGCUUGCCGCUAGUGUGUUUGUACUAUGCGAAAAAGUGCAUUUUCACACUUUCCGCAAGUGGCUGGAAAUAGUUGCAUGCAGUGGACUGCCGCACGCAUCGCCGCAGCAAGGUGCAUUGUAUUUGUGCCAUUUAGACAAAAUCUGCCCAAAAAUUUGUCUGUUGUAGGCGAUUUGUUGCGUAAAUAAUAUAGGCACACGAAACUAAGUGAGAGGAAUGAUCUGUUAUAUUUGUAGGUUUUAUGCGGGUACGUUGUAACAGGCGUGGACUGUACGAGAUUCCACGAUGUCUGGUGUUUUGGUAGCGAUAAAUGCAUUAAGUCGGGGAUUCCCAAACUACUUUGGCCUCAGAAAAUCCCCAUCCCACCAUCACCCUUGCCUCAGAAAAUUCAUGCAGUCAAGAGUACAAAUGCAUCAUGGACCCUCAAUAGAUGGUUACUUCGUUAGUGAAUUCACUACACAGGGUUUAUUAGGUAGAAAUCAUAACAAUGGUGCAAAUAUAGCAUGACAGGUGCAUCUGUCUUCCGUUAAGCCUACCAUGCCUUUAUUUUUGGUAACUAUUACGACAACAAAAAAAAAAAAGGAAUUUCGUUGUCUUUGAGAAUUUUUGAAAGUGUGAGAAGAUAAGCUACGCUAAAAGCUACGCUUUUCUUCUCACACUUUUGCCAAAUCCUCCUCACGCUCUCUUCGCUGUUGCACUCUUUCAUUUCCCGCUGCGCUCCGCGUUCACUCUUUCAUCCUUCGCUGUGCUCGUUUGCUUGGUUACGCCGAGGGCCGAUGCUAGAUGCAGGAACGGGCGCGUAACAGCUGCGCUCUAAAACAUAGUGAAGCAUUAAAAAUGCAAUUGACUGGGCAAAUACUACGGCACCAGCGUCUCAUAUUUGUCUGGUCUGUUCAUAUGUUGAUCAUGCCUUGCAAUUAGAAAGAAAAUUUGGAAUGUCUGCUACAAUAUUGCUGUUUUUCACUAACUGGAACUGCCACUCACUAAUACUAGAACUUCAAAGACAAGGGCCCACAGCUAUUCUUUAUUUUCAUGGUCAAUGUGCAUGUUGUACCCACUUCCAUUAUCAUGUUAGCAGCCCACAACAUUAAGCAACUGUGUACAGCCGUAAGUUUCUUCCAAAUUACUUUUACACAUUAUUGUAACACCAUCUACAAUUAGUGCAUCAAACUUAUAAUAAAUUAAUUAAAUAAUGGGGUUUUUAAGUGCCAAAACCACUUUAUGAUUAUGAGGCACGCCAUAGUGGGGGACUCCGAAAAUUUCGACCACCUGGGGUUCUUUAAACGUGCACCUAAAUCAAAGCACACGGGUGUUUUCGCAUUUUGCCCCAUCGAAAUGCAACUGCCGUGGCAGGGAUUCAGUCCCGCGACCUCGUGCUCAGCAGCCCAACACCACAGCCACUGAGCAACCACGACGGAUCAAAAUUAUAAUAAAUAAGGCAAGCUCUGUGUGUCUGAAAAACCUGUUCUUUUUUUUCCCCUAAUAAGGCACGUGUAAUUGUAUUAGAUGAGCUGUACUCGUUCGAAAGAGUUAUCAGUGAGGUUGUCCAGAUGAGCUGAGCUUGUUGAAACACUGAUGAAAUUAAAGAUGGAUGAUAACAUACACUGCGAUGGGUGUAAACCUUUUUUAGAGCGUGUGUGGCUUGCAGUAAUUAAAGCUGUUUUAAAGUCGGCAUCUGGUUAUAGCAAGCUAUGACAGUUUUUGCAUAAGUCCGAAUUGGUGGAUUCCGUUGCAGUGAAAAAAAAUAAAAGGCAGCGAGCUCAGCCGUUUCGUUGAACAGUGGUGCAUGUUCCGUGGUUGGUAGUGUUAUGAAUUGAUGGAAGGCAUGGCUGUACUCGUGUAGCCCAAAAAUACUGCAUUUGCACAAUUACAAAAUAACUUUUUUUAUGAAUAAUUACUAGCCUGAGAGAUCACUUCUCACGACAUUUCGGAACCAUGUGCCAAAUACGAAGCAAGUUUACACUACUUUGGCCUUGAAUUUUGAGGUCUAAAUUGAUAGCUCAAGCACCAGGCAACUGAACUGCGCAGAAAAACUUACUUCUUGACGCAGCAGCAAAUGCCAAUCUGUGAACAGCAAGAGCACAACCUGGCACAAUGUAGAAGAAUGCUGUGAUGGUGUAAUAAUUGCAGGAAGGCUUACAAUGGUACAUCUUGAUCCAGUGGUCCAUAGUUUCUCCCCAUAUUACCUACAGGGAAAUCUGACACUACUGCACUGUGAUAUGCAUGGGAAUGCCGGUAUAUUGUGAUUUCUAAUUGGCAUCGUUCUCGGAUAGCCAAGCAAGCACUGUUCUGUCUGUCACAGUGAUUAACUUUCUACUAAAGCAGCAUGUAAAAAGCUCUUUUAUCUUUAUUAUUACACAAAAACGUGUUUUGUUUAACUAUGAGAACUUGUUAUUGCACCUACAGUUAUAUGAAACAUAAACAGUAUCAGUGGGUCGCUAUAGUUGGAGGACAGAUGACAAGAUACGUGCUCGCUUUGGAACAGUUUGUUGUCUGUUCUUACUUUUCUUCGUUUGGUUAUGCAUUGUAGGUGAGUAAACUUCACUGGAGGAUGUAAUAUGCAUGAAUGGAAACAUUAUAUGAAGAUUUUACUUUAAGAAUGAACUAUUUGUGUAGCCAUAUCCGCAUUUUAGAUGAAGACUCUUACAACGCCAGCCAAUAAAAGCCUCGCACACACAUAUACCGUCAUUCCCAUGAUGGCACGGUGUCCCCUUAAGAAACUCCCAUAGACGGUGGCGCCAGAUUUCCCUCUAGGUGUUAUAGUGAGAAACUCUAUGGUCCAAUCAACUACAACAAUAUGCAAAUUUGCACAAAUGCAGCUAUCCUGGUGUGUAUGCAUCUGGUCCCUUGGUGCAGUAAAUUGCACUCCUGUUGGAAUGAUUCAGCACAACACAGGAAUUUGGCUUGCUAUGCUAACAUAUUGCCCAUUAUGCUAAAACCUUAUUUUAACCAAAUGGUACAGCUGCAUUACAAAACAAUAAAUUGCAUUAUAAUCAUAAGAUAUAUUUUUCUGACUCAUCAAAGUUUCCUCCCCUUCUUUCAUUACAUUCACACGAACACGGUAUACCAGUAUCUAGUUUGGGAAUCCCUGAUCUAGUCUGUAGGUUGUAUUGUCCGUACUUUGCGUCCGUUGUGAAGUAUCAAACAAUGUGCGAUUUGCAUUGCAUUUGUAGUGAAGUCCAUCCAGUGAAUAGUCUCGCGUUCUGUCCGUGCCAAAAAGGAAAGGAAAACCAUUUUUUCGACUUCUCUAUAGCAAUGUUGAGCUGUUCUCUCCUGCUGAACGUCUGCAUCAGCCUUCUGGCGUGAAAAUUUUUAAGUGAAACAUUUUUUAGACAAGUUUCACAGCGAAAUGGGCAACGGCACAUUCUGUGCCCACGUUCUAUUUCCGUGCUGUUUCCCUAACAGAACGACAUCACCCGAGCUGGCUCUUGCGUGUGCUGUUCUGUCGGGGAAUUUGAAGCCUGCAUUCUAUAACUUUGCAUGUGCUUGUUUAACGUUUACAUUUUGGCCCUUGCCAGGUAAUGCUUCGUCACUCUUAUAGACUACAUUAAGUUGGAUUCACAUGACUGACUGAUUCAAAAUCCAAGUUCUUCAUGACCGACUUCUUAAACAUCAGUAAAGUUCCUUAGUUUCUGCACAAUGCUGUCAUAAACAUCUGAGCGUAAUGUGUAAUAGUAUUUCUUUGCAAGCAACAACAAGCUUAUUCUUCUAUAAAGGAUUGCCUGCUCUUUCCUUCAAAUUUCUUAAAUCCCUGCUAUUCUUUGUGUACUGUAGUUGCUUGGACCACUAGCACGAUGGCUAGUGGUUAUCUUAAGACGUCGCCCAGCCAUAACAUUCGAGAAACUUCCAAUACAGAAAGGCACGUCUUGUGCUGAGCGAUAACCUUUAACAUUUCUUAGCCAGUGAAAGACGGUCACCGGAAAAGGUACUUAAAUGCGCGUGGCAAUAUUUUGGUGGACAGUCUACCAAUUUUUCACGAUGCCUAAGUCACGAAUUUGUCUGCAAGCUCAAUCUGUCAUGUGAAUCCACAUCUUGAAAUGCCUCUUUCAUUAUAUAACCAGGUGCCAAAAACCAAGAAUACUGUCUUUAUUUGUAUUCUUUUCCUUUUCUCACAUUUGUCAAUAUUGUUCCAGGAGUGACAGGUGUGACUUAAAUUGGCCAUUAUAAUUGUGCAAAUCCGUGCAGUAAUUAGAAGCGUUAUGUGUGCAGAAGAAAGAGACUGCAUGAGUUGUGCCAAUUGAUUUGAACAGUUUCAUCUUUAGGUCAUGACCACAGUCAUCAGCAGUCAUAAAGAUUUUUUAAACUUGAGCCAGUUGUGAAUUAUUUGUUUUCAGAACACUGAAUGAAUAAUAUGCAACAGAAUAUUUAGUACAACAAGUGAACCCAUUUAGCCUGGAACCAUGGAACUUGUCGCGCAGGCAAGGAAGGCUGCCGAGUAAGAUUUUUCUUUGCAAAUGCGAAAUAUGUACAAAAAAGAAACAAACUGGAAGCAAACAUUUUGGUCCAUCUCAAACCAUCCUGACAGCAUUCUGUGUUGGGAAUACUGUAAGGAGUAUUUGCUGCUUUCUUCGAUUAAAAAGAAAUUCCAAAACUGA